AUGCCGGGCCCAGCGGUACAGGGACGUGAGAAGUGGAUCGAGCGGCUGCACUUGCACGGUCACGGCGGGAGGAACGGGCACGAGGCUGAAGCUGUGAAGCACAAGGGCGGCGACAAGCUGGAAGUGCCGGACGGGACGAGCGGGCAGCAGGCGGAAGACGGCGACGAAGGACUGGCCAAGGAGGUCGAGGGUUUCAAGGACCAGCCUUACCAGCAGGACCACACAGAUCAGGCGCGGAUGAAGCUGCGAGACUGGAAGGAGGACAUGCAGGACAAGAUGGGGGAGCGAGGCUGGCGGACGCCGACGCACGAGCGGGACGAGCAGGCUCUCUUGGUCGACCCGCGAGUAGCGAACCAGCUCGAGCGGAAACCUGACGAGGUGCGGGACGGUGCGGAUGGUCGAACUCUCAGCCUGGCGCCGUCUUCGACCCGGCUGAACGGGUCAAGCAGCUUCUAUUCGGCGGCGAGCGAAGUUGGCGGAGCCGCCUCAAUCGACUCUCGCACCGUUCCUCCUCGCUCCGCCUCUCCCGAAUCGCUCUCCUCCGUCUCCGACAUUCUUGCGACUCCUCAACUCGCGCCAUCUCAGCUCGACGCCGAGCCUUCGACAUCCGGAGGUGCCGACGCCUUUGACCGAUUGCCCGUCGCCUACGCCCCCGGCUUCGUCGUCACCAACUCCCGCCUCGUCCCUCUCGGCGACGGACGCCCUCCUCCUUCCGAAGCCUCCUCUUCCUCGCCGACUCGCUCUGCUCAUUCCGCCGUUCCGGUGCACGAGGUCGUCCGGCCGACUUCGUCUCAUCCCGACUUGCAGCAGGGACCGAUAAGCCCUCCUGCCUCACCUCGGUCAAAAAGCCGUCUGGCUCCCUCUUCCUCUCCUCGACAACCGCGCAAUUCCUCUCUGCAUCCGCCUCCCGCCGCAAAUCAAGGCUACUUUCAGCUAUCUCCCCAGCAGUCGACUCGCCCCUCCUCUCCACGACGAAGCCUGACGACCGACCUACCCUCUCUCCUCCCUUCUCCACCUCUCGGCGUUGGCCCCGCCAGCGCUACCUCCCUUGCCGUCAGCUCCCGUCGCCUCUCCUCCGCCUCCGGCCAUCUCGCCCCUCUCCAACUCGCACAACGGUCACAGACCUACUCUCCCUCUCUUGCAGCCCCGGCUUCGCUUGGUCAGCACCAGUACGCUUACCCGCAAGCUUCGACGUCGGCCGCUCCAUACGGCAGCGGUAACCCCGCUUCUCCGCCCACGGCGGGAUACAUGGACGACGUCGAGUCCUCCAUCGCCGCUCAAGCCGAAGUGAUCCGUCGAAAACGGCAGGAGAAGCGCCUCGAGGCGGAAAAGGCUGAGCGGGAUCGCGAGCGGGAAAAGGCUGGUCUCGCUCCGCCUGUACCUGCGGUCUCCGAAGCCGGGCGAGGAGACAAGGGCGAAAAGACCGUGGGCGGAUUGCUGGGCGUCGCAACGCCGGGUGGGAUGCUCAAGCGCCGGUCGACACGGAUGGGGUCUGGCUCGUCCGCGCAGGAAGCACCGAGGAGUCCUGGACCAGGCAGGCGAGCGCGACAAGCUUCCGAAGGAGCAGAGCGAGGACAGGACGGCACGGCUGAUGCGGGCGCGUCGGCGGCGGAACAUGCGGCUGCUGCGAGCGGGUCUGCGGCGAAGGCGCGAGCGGCGGGAACGGGAGGCGAGGACGAGCUUGGAGCGGGCGUUCUGGUCGGCAAUCUGAUCGGCCAGGAUCACGCCAACUAUGUCUUGAUGUAUAACAUGCUCACGGGGAUCCGCAUCGGCGUCUCGCGGUGUCAGGCGAAGGCGCGACGACCGCUCACGGAUGCCGACUACACGGCUCGUCACAAGUUCAGCUUCGAUAUCGUCGGCAAUGAGCUCACGCCCUCGGUCAAGUACGACUUCAAGUUCAAGGACUACGCGCCUUGGGUGUUCCGCGAGCUGCGCGAGUACUUCUACCUCGACCCGUCCGACUACCUCGUCUCGCUCACGGCCAAGUACAUCCUCUCGGAACUCGGCUCGCCCGGCAAGAGCGGCUCGUUCUUCUACUUCUCGCGCGACUACCGGUUCAUCAUCAAGACGAUCCACCACACGGAGCACAAGUUCCUCCGACGGAUCCUCAAGGAGUACCACGAGCAUGUCAAGAAGAACCCGCAUACGCUCCUCUCGCGCUUCUACGGCCUGCAUCGCGUCAAGCUUCCGCAUGGCAAGAAGAUUCACUUCGUCAUCAUGAACAACCUCUUCCCUCCUCAUCGAGACAUCCACGAGACGUACGACCUCAAGGGCUCGUCGAUCGGGCGCCUCUACCCCGAAGAGAAGGCCAAGCAGAACCCUCACGCCGUCCUCAAGGACCUCAACUGGGUCCAGCGACAAAGGCAGAUUGCGCUCGGCCCGGAGAAGAAGGCGCUCUUCGAGGAGCAGCUGCGGCGCGAUACGGAACUCCUGCAGCGGCUCGGCAUCAUGGACUACUCGCUCUUGACCGGCAUCCACAACGGUGUGCGUGGGAACAGCGACAACUUGCGCGAGGAGAAGCUCAGUGUCUUCCAGCCCGAGAACGUCAAGGUCUCGCGCAAACCGACCCAGGUCAAGCGCGACGCCGAUGCCUCCGCCCUGCGCAAAGCCGUCCAGCGCUCCGACCCGCGCGCUCUCGGCGGCAAGCACGAGCUGCCUGAGCACGAGAAUUCGGAGAAGCGCAUGUUCUUGUUCUACCAGGACGAGGGCGGAAUGCGGGCUACGGGAGAUAACAACGAGGAUCUCGGGGUGAUCUAUUACCUCGGCAUCAUCGACAUUCUCACACCGUACAACUGCGUCAAGCGGAUCGAGCACUUCUGGAAGGGUCUCAAGCACAACAAGCACAUGAUCUCUGCCGUCCCGCCGCGCGAGUACGGCGACCGCUUCCUCGCGUUUAUCAAGUCUUCGAUCCGCGGCAACGACAUCUCGAUCCGGCCGCAGAUGUUCGAGCACGAGCCGAAGCACGACGCGAAGCAGGAAAAGCCGCCCGUCAACGUCUCUAGUGACGACGAGAAGGCUCAGCGCCAGCGGAACGACGGCCGCGUCGAGAUGAGCGAAAAGUCGGCCGUCGCGCAGGGCAAGGUCAAGGCCCAAUGA